CACAUGGCUCUCCGGGCGGUCUGGCUCCUGUUCGCGCUGUCCGGUGUCCUGAAUGCGCGCUCCUGCUGCGCUUAUACCUGUCCGGCCAUCUGCCGGUGCACCGCCGACUCGUUUCAGUGCAGCAAAGAGACUCAGCUGGCCUCCCGCACAGGACAAACAUCCGUGCUUCGACUAAGGCUCACUCAUCUGCCCUUGAAAAAAGUUCCCUCUCACGCCUUCAAGGAGUUGUUCAACAUUACAAUAAUUGAGAUCUCCCAGAGCGACUGCAUCACACAUAUACAGACACAUGCCUUCCUCUCCCUCUACAGCCUGGCACAAAUCUCAGUGCAGAAUAUCAACAGCCUGAGAUUUAUUGAAAAAGGCGCCUUCACUGACCUGCCCAAGCUGGAAUAUUUGAGCAUCUCUAACACGGGCAUUGCACACUUCCCAGACUUCACAACCAUCUCUUCCCUGUCGCCAAAUAUUAUCCUAGAAAUGGCAGACAACAUGGAGAUUGACAUCAUUCCUGCCAAUUCCUUCCAGGGUAUCACAGAGGAGUAUGUUGACAUGAACCUGGUUAGAAAUGGCUUAAAGGAAAUAAAAUCGCACGCAUUCAAUGGGACAAAGCUCAACACGCUAGUUUUGAGAGACAACUGGUAUCUCCGUAACAUUCAAGAAGAUGCCUUUAAAGGAGCCACAGGUCCAACUGUUCUGGAUGUUUCCUCCACGGCUCUGAGGUCUCUCCCCCCUAAUGGAUUGAGGCACGUUAAAUUUCUGAAAGCCAGCCAUGCCUAUGCUCUAAAGAGCCUCCCUCCACUGGAAAGUCUGGCUGAACUGCUGGAAGCUGAGCUCACGUACCCGAGCCACUGCUGCGCCUUCCACACAUGGCGGCGGAAACAAAGGGAAAGUGCCUUAAAGAACUUGACAAAGUUUUGCGAUCUGAUGAAUACAGAAAUAGAUCCAACUGCUGAUGACACGAGUCUUAUCAAUGACAUCAACUUUCAGUAUCCAGACCUGGAAUUUGACUGUCUUAGCAACCCUUUUGUCAAAUGCUCCCCAAAGCCAGAUGCUUUUAAUCCUUGUGAGGACCUACUGGGCUUUUCCUUCCUGCGCUGUCUCACCUGGAUCAUUAUGGUUUUCGCUGUGGCCGGUAACCUGGCUGUUUUGGUCAUCCUGCUAAUUGGCCACCAUAAGCUCACAGUCUCCAGAUUCCUCAUGUGUAAUCUGGCCUUCGCCGACCUGUGCAUGGGGCUUUAUCUCAUCCUAAUUGCCUUCAUGGACUACCAUUCCCGUCAUGAGUACUACAAUCAUGCCACAGACUGGCAGACCGGUCCUGGAUGUGGCAUAGCAGGGUUUCUGACUGUGUUUGCCAGCGAGCUAUCCGUAUACACGUUGACUGUGAUUAGCCUUGAACGCUGGCAUACCAUUACCAAUGCCAUGCAUGUCAACAAGAGGCUGCGGAUGCAUCAUGUCACAGCCAUGAUGGUAGGAGGCUGGGCUUUCUCUCUGCUGGUUGCCCUGCUCCCUCUUGUGGGGGUCAGUAGUUACAGCAAAGUGAGCAUCUGUCUGCCCAUGGAUAUCGACACACUCGGCGCUCAGGUUUAUGUGGUGGCUGUGCUCAUUCUCAAUGUUGUUGCUUUCCUGGUGGUUUGUUACUGUUACAUAUGCAUAUAUCUCAGUGUUCACAACCCAGAGCACUCCACACGGCGUGGAGACACCAAGAUUGCCAAGCGCAUGGCUGUGCUCAUUUUCACUGACUUUCUCUGCAUGGCACCGAUCUCUUUCUUCGCUAUCUCUGCAGCCCUGCAUAUGCCCCUCAUAACCGUGUCUCACUCCAAAAUCCUGCUCAUUCUCUUCUACCCUAUCAACUCCCUCUGCAAUCCUUUCUUGUACACCAUCUUCACACAAGCUUUCAGGAAAGAUGUGUGUCUGCUGCUGAGUCGCUGUGGCUACUGCAAUUCCCACGCUGACUUCUACAGGUCACAGACUCUGGGUUCACACCUGACUUGUACCCAGAAAAUGUCCAAAAGAGAACCUCACUCGCUCGGCUUUUAUGCCUAUCACAUCAAGAUGAAGGGCUGCUUUCUAAAUAAGGGAACCACAUGA